AUGCACGUGCACAAACGCUUAAAUCCGGCCCUAAAUCCGGCCACCGAAUCCGGCCAGGGCCGGAUUUGGCCGGAUUUGAAAAAAAGGCCGGAUUUUGGCCGGGGCCGAACUUCGUUAGUAGAGCUUGGAGGCGGUGAGCACAAUGAGCCAGAGAGAAGACAAGCAGCAUCCUCGAAGCAUUGGAAGCGUGCCGUUUCAUCAUCGCGGCAUGACUGCGCACAAUUACUCGAUGGAAAGAUCAAUGCUCCCUUCAUAUUCAACAAGUUCAACACCCACUUCCACAUAAUGUCAAACACCAGUGAACCAACAUGCAUACGCAUGACGAAGAUGACGGUGAAGAAUGACAGCAGAUCGACAGUGGACAUCAAGUACUACGUGACAGGCAACAAGAACCAAGCGGACGCCAGCAACCAAGCUUAUCCGCAAGGACAAGCACUACACCAGCAGAAUGAUCAUCUAUUAUAUGCAUUCUCCCAAUCCUCCCCACAUUCCCGGCAACUUUCACGCUCCUUAUUCUACAUCGGCUUAUUUUUCAUCAUGCUCAAAUGA